AUGCAUCGAAUUAUAAUUUAUUCAAUUGUGCUGGUUUUUGAAUUUUUCGGAUUAUUUGGGAAUGUUAAUUUGAUUGCAGUCAUAUUGAGGAAUAAGAUUUUGAGGUCCAAUUUUGGAUAUCUCAUGCUAUGCCUUGCAUGUUUUCACACUGUAUGUUUAUUUUUUGAACUCAUUAACAUGGUAUACGGUGUCCUUGCCACCUUUUUCUCCUACCGUAUCUUUCGGUCCAUUUGCUUUCACACCACUUUUCCAGUAAUCGUAUCUCAUUGUAUGCAAACUGGAACCAUCUGUAUACUAUCUUUGGAUUUAUUUCUGGCCAUUGCCAUUCCAUUUCGAUAUCGAAGUUUUCAUUUACCCUUGUAUUUCGGAUGUAUGUUUUCUGUUCCAAUUUGUUAUGCAUUUGGAAUUUCGAUAGCUGCGAAAAUUUAUUUGGAUGAUUCUGAACUUCAGAUGUGUAAUCCGCCAUCAUCUAUGGUACCAUUUGUUCGACAAUGGUGGUAUGAAAUAAUGCUAACAUUUUCAUUUUUAACAGUGAUUUUUUAUUCUGGCGCACUUGGAUUGCUUUCUUGCAAAAUCCACCGAAAGUCGACUGACAUCCGUCUAAUUGAGAGAAAAGCUCUGAAAACGCUGAAAGUUCUCAUUGUCAUUUUUCUCUUCACUCGAUUCAUCUCAACCGGAAGUGCUACGUUGGUACAGCAUCUGAAAAUCAAUCCGGAAACAAUUUUAUACAUUCAAAACUAUAAUGUUAUUCCAGCUGUGGCUGCCUAUUCCCAAAAUGCCUAUGUCUGUUUCUUUCGAAGUGAAGAAUACCGUCGAUUGCUCACCGAACAAGUCACAAUGUAUUUUCCAUGUUUCAAAAACGCAUUUCCUAUCAAAUCAACCGAAAGGAGUAUGAGUAUGAAGCGAGCUACAGUUGUCGUUAAAAUUUAG